CAUUCACUACAAUAGUUAGACACUGCUCGAAUUCAGUUCUCAAAAAAAAAUAACCGUUCCAAAUCAAUUGAAAUUUUUCGCAUUUUUUUAAAACCUCAACCAACUUGCUACUAACUGUUACGAUGUUCGAUACCACAUUGGCUCUACUGGUCAGCUGGCUGGCCCAAGGCAUUUGUCUCGUGCUGGGCCACGCCUGGCAGCAUCCGCUGCUCACCACGGGAUGCUGUCUGCUGCUCGGCUUCUUCACGCACGCCGACGAGCAAUUGCGUGACGAGAUUGGCCAACAAGUCGCCACACGCUGGCAGCGCAUGAAAGAGCAUUACUCGUUCUCGUUCCUCAAACGCAAAUACAAACCCAAUCCCAUGCCCAACUACGACUACAGCUGGUCGCAGGGGCCACACACUUGGACACAGACCGGCAGCAAUCAGAGCCCGGUGAACAUCGAUGAGCAGCUGGUCCAACGCCUGGCCAUCCAUGAGCUUCUCAACUGGAAUCAUUACGAUGAGCUGCCCGCAAGCAUUACUCUCGAGAAUACCGGACAGACGCUCCUGCUUCGUGCCCAGUUUCGCAGCAAUGUGCCGACCAUCAGUGGCGCCGAUCUGCUUACCAGCUACACCUUUGUAGAGCUCUGCUUCCACUGGGGCUGGUCGAACAGCGAGGGCUCCGAGCACACGCUCAACAAUCGCAAGUAUCCACUGGAGAUGCAGGUACUACAUCGCACUGGAGCCUCGGUGCCGCGUCGCUGCACCAGCAGCUAUGAUCUGCUGAUGGUUGCCUACAUCUUUGAGUUGUCCGCACACAACCCGUUGCUGGAUCCGCUCAUGCAGAACUUAAAGCUCGUACAGAUGCCCGGCAAGCGUGUUCAGAUUGCACCCUUUCCACUCUCCUAUUUGGUCUAUCCAUUCCGUACGGGAUUCUACAGCUAUGGCGGUUCGCUGACCCAACCACCUUGCUACCAGGGCACCGAAUGGUUCAUCUUUCCCGAAUCACUGGCCAUCAGCGACUUUCAGCUGCGUCACUUUCGCCAACUGCUGAGCGGAGAUUGCUUCACGCCCAUUUCGCGCAACUCGCGACCCGUGCAGCCGCUGGGCAAUCGCAUCGUCAACCUGAACUACUUCUGUCCCUAUGACACAGCUCAGCUGGAUCGUAUGCGUCUCGAGCUGUUGCAGCAACAUCAGCAGGAGAUCGAGGAGGAACCGGAACAGACACAUGUCGAGGAGGAACAGGAGCGUCAACAGAUGAAACUGAAGACUAUGAAUAGCUCCGAUGACGAGGGACAAUUGAUUGAAUCGCUGGACACCACAACCACCAUCACAACGAACUCUUGCACCAGCGUUUGUGCCACAGUGCUCAAUCGUGAGGGCAACAAUCUGGCACAGCAACAUCAGCAGCAGCAGCUCAACUCUUGCUGUCCCAAUUCAAUCAUCUUUUUCAGUUCGAACAACAAUUACAGAAACAACAGCAACAGCCUGGGAAGCACGGCCAGCGACACCAGCCUGAUGGACAAGUGCAAUGGCCAUGGCCACUUUCAGCUGGAUCAGACCGGUGAAAUGAUGAUGAACCUGUCCAAUGAUGUGGGCAUCUGUGGCAUGGGCGAUGGGUUGGGCGUGGGCGCCCGCAUUCAACUUAUUGAAUAGUCUAUGAAUGGGAUCAUUUAACUACCUAAUUUUUUGAUGACAAAUUUGCUACAUAAGUUUUGUUUAAACUCCGCAAUCGAUGAUGCCAUAAAACAGAAACACAGAACACUCGCAAUGGAUGAAGGGCUGAACUGGACAAAGGACAAGAUUGCGUUGGCUACCUUAUGCAGGAAGGGGGAAGACUGCGAGACUUGCACCACAGAUACCACGUAUUAAAUUGUUAAGUUUUAAACUGUAUUUUACAACGCUUGAAAGUAUGCUAUGAAUUUUCGCAUUUGCUUUAACAAGA